AUGCUGUGCCAUCUCUGCGACUGCCUCAGUAUAACGCGCUUGAAUCGCGGAGGCCAUCACCACGUGCCUAAUGCCUCAGCCCUCGACGACUCAGCGGCCAAGGGCUGCGAGUUUUGCUCGCUAAUACGGACCGUGUUGAGUAGAGUACCCCCCGAGCCCUUGGGAUCGGCUCGAAACACUGCCUUCACCCUGUCACUGGCAAGAGUUGGCCGUCGUGAGGGCCUGUGGCUCCACUGGAGCGGUGAUAUGAACGACGGCAUCAAAGCUGUGCUGCGUACUGAACGUGAUGGCGCACUGGAGGACCGCCAUGGCCGCAUGCACCUUUUCGUCGCACCAGACUCUCGGCUUGCGGGCACAAUCGCAGGGCGGGAGGUCCAUGCUCGUGCGGAUUCCGAGGCCGUGUUUGGCCAGAUAGCUUCGUGGAUGAAGAAUUGUAUACACAACCACCCAAAUCUUGCCGAGGACGCCAGGCUUUGUCAGGACAUGUCCCAGAGUUACGACGAAAUCGGGCGGCAGCAAGACACACAGCAGCAGUUGUUCCAAGUCAGGGAUGCAGAUGCACACCCAGUCGAAGAGCUCCCUCUACUACCCACCCGAGUCAUCGAUGUAGGGCCCUCGGAUGGAUCAAAGACUCCGUUUCUUCUCGAGACGGAACGAGAACUUCACGGACUCUACGUCACCUUGAGCCACUGCUGGGGCGCCUCAAGACCCCUCGUCACAGACGUCGGAUCUUUGGCGGCCAGAAAAGCGCAGGUCCCCGAGUCCGAGCUGCCGGAAACCUUUAGAAAUGCCGUGCUGAUCACGCGCAGGCUGGGCGUACGAUACCUAUGGAUCGACUCUCUCUGCAUCUUGCAGGGCACGGAUGCCCGAGCCCAAGCGGACUGGCAGCGCGAAGCAGCUCUGAUGGACCAAUACUACAACAAGUCGCUGUUAACAAUCAGUGCCGCCGGCGCCGCAGGAAGCGAGUACGGCUGCUUUCUCCCACGCGGGAGGACAGCUGGACGCGUCAGGCUCAACUUGAAGCAGAGUUUUGCCGUCACGACAAAAGUCCCCAGAAGGUGCCUGCCCUGUCUCUCCCCUAGGAUACAGAGAAACGUCAUGGAUGGCCCGUUCCCUGGCGGCAGCGACGUGUACGUGUCGGAGAUGCCGCCCAACGUGCCCUUCAUACACUCGGAAAGGGGAGACGGGCGCGCCUGGAUCCUUCAGGAAACUGCGCUGUCCCCUCGGGUGCUCAUUUACGGCCAGGAUAUGGUCGCAUGGCUGUGCAACACGAGACACUGCACGGAGCGAGGCGACGACGUCCUCCACGACACGUCGAGCCACUAUGUCAUGGCGCCCCGGCUCCCUCACCACUUGCGACACGCGCCGAGCUACAGCAGCGAGGACGUCGGCUGGCGCAUGGCUCUGCGAUGGGUCACGAUGGAGGCGUCGACGUGGUGGGCGAAGAUGGUGCAGAACUACUCCAGGAGGCGCAUGACGUACGAGGCCGACAAGCUCCCUGCCAUUUCGGGCUGCGCGAGGGCCAUCCAGGCCCUGAACAAGGACGACUACUAUUCGGGGCUGUGGAAGCGAACACUGACAAACGACCUUCUGUGGCAAUCCGUGGCGUCGAGGGCAGCAAGCAGGCCGGCGACGUACCGUGCUCCGUCUUGGAGCUGGGCGUCGAUCGAGGGGGAGGUCAAGUGCUGCAUCACGCCGAAAUACCAUGACAUGAACGAGAAGCUCAUUGAGCUCCUUUCGGUGGAAGCAGAAUACGUCGGCCCAGAUGUGUUUGGGCAGGUCCGGACCAUGUCCCUCCUCGUCAAUGGAAGCCCGGCACGGGUGAGGCUUGGACCAAGAGUCUCGGGCGACGCAGGCGAAUCUUGUGCCGAGAAUCCAAUCCAUCUGCUAGAGGCCAUUGACGAUGCCUGCGCCUGUUCAACCUGUGACCAAAAGAGAGCGUCGCUUAAGAGCCUGCAGAGAAAUGUGAUAGCUUCUGGCGCGGAUGCGACGCGGCCUCGCAUUCCCAACUUCAGCGCAGUAGGCGCAGCAGAUGUCUACUUGUCGCAGGAUCUGGUGACGAUGCGUCACACCGGGCUCGAGGGGGGUCCUCUGGGCAAUUCCGGCCCUCAGUAUACCGAGACGACACUCAAUAUCAAUGGCAAUGGUCUCAUGGAUGGCCAAAUACUGGAGCAUGACGGGCUCGAUGCUGCGGGGUCUGCCAGUUUCGAUGUCGAGAGCGAGAGGGACAUGGCGGCGGAUGAAUUGUGCUGCCUGCCCAUCAAUCGACAAUUCGGACUGUUGCUGGUCAGAAACGGUCCCCUCGUGGUUCAGGGCGAAGCGGUGGAAAGCUAUCGCCGGGUCGGGCUUGUGAAGUUGAAUCUCGUGUGGCGGCCAGCUCACGAGUUGUCGCCUUUGGCUCUUGUAUGA